GAGAAGGGGGUGCGCAUUCCCGCAUUGGCUGUGCAGCCAACUCCAAGGCGCUUUGCGGGACUCCAGAGCCGAACAUGGGGUGCAGUUUUGUCAACGUCUGCCUAAAGACACUUUGAAGAAUUCGAAAGUAUGCAAGAUCCCUGCUGAAGAAGGAACAAUGUGUCGGUUUCUGUGAAGAUUUCACUCAUCUCCAUCCGCCUGCUUGCCAGAAAAGUUGAGAAAGAGAGAAAGAAAGAAAGGGGAAAGAAAGAAAGAGAAAGAGACGGGAGGCUUUACUGGAAACUUUCUCAGUCCCUGGAUCCUCUGAGCUCUUCCAAGGACUCCAGUCAGGGAGUUUCAUGCUGAAUAUUUCUCCUCUACCCUGAGAUAAUCUUGUAUGUUACAAGAGUUGGAGAUGACAACCUAACAUCGCCGUAAAACCCGAGGAGCCAUCUGACCUCCUCUGGUCGCCUCGUAAAUGCCAUCAACUGGUCCAGGUCCAGGCUGUAAGGGGAGCAGUCGGUCUCUGAGCUCCAAUGCCAGUGGACAUGCAGCCACAUCAGGGGCUGUAUUACUAUGAGACCUCACCCAGCCAGCCCUCCAGAGGCAUUGUACCAUCGGACCAGUCUCCCUACAGCGAUGUGUCGCCCCUCAGAGUUCCGCACCUCGACGGCGGUCCCCAGGACUGCCACACUAUGUACAAUCCCAUGACUCCCAGCAUGGCUCAUGGAUCUGGAUCAGGUCCGGUUCAGGGAAACAGCAGCCACUGCUUGGAUCAAUACAUGAGGCCUCCUCAGGUCCCUCCACCACACGGUAUGAUGGGCCACAGGGGCAUGCCUCCCACAGAGGGUAGCAAUAGCGCCCCCUACUGCAACCAGAAUAACAUGAUGUCGUCGCAUCCCAACUUCUGUCAGCUUCAGCCCAGCUCUGAGCAGAUCGGCUCUGGUGACGGCUCAAGGUUCUCCACACCUCGCUCUAUGUUGAAGCUGAGUAAAAAGAGAGCCCUGUCCAUCUCACCUCUGUCUGAUGCCAGUUUAGACCUGCAGACCGUCAUUCGGACCUCGCCCAACUCGCUCGUGGCCUUCGUUAACUCUCGCUGUAACCCCAACGGAGCCAGCUCCUAUGGUCAUCUGUCUGUGAGCGCCAUGAGUCCAUCUCUGAAUUAUUCCGGCAACAUUAGCUGCCACUCCAGACAGCAAGGCUCCAUAUACGGAGGAAAUGGUGGCACACCUCUGGGUGUUCACACACCAGGUCCCUGCCAAGCUUCCCGUUUACCGCCCCACAAUCCCCGACUCCUCGUUCCACCUAAGCAUGGACAUCAGCUGAAAACAGAGCCAGGUCUGGUAGGCGUGAUGGACGGCAUGAAUGUAAAGAACCUGGAGGAAAGGUCAGAGGGAGAUGUAGCCAGUCCUUCCUCCACCGGCACUCAGCAGGAUCAUCUGAUGGGCUUGCUGGAUGGCAGAGACGACUUGGACAAGGAGGACGGGAAGCCGGAGCCGGAGACCAUCUAUGAAACCAACUGUCGCUGGGAGAACUGCAACAAGGAGUUUGACACACAAGACCAACUUGUUCAUCACAUAAACAACGAGCACAUCCACGGAGAGAAGAAGGAGUUUGUCUGUCAUUGGCAGGAGUGUUCUCGAGAGCAGAGGCCUUUUAAAGCUCAGUACAUGCUCGUGGUUCACAUGCGCAGACACACUGGAGAGAAGCCACACAAGUGCACUUUUGAAGGCUGUAAUAAAGCCUACUCUCGCUUGGAGAAUUUGAAGACCCACUUGCGCUCUCACACUGGGGAGAAACCAUACGUAUGCGAACAUGAGGGGUGCAAUAAAGCCUUCUCCAACGCUUCAGACCGGGCCAAGCACCAGAAUCGAACUCAUUCCAAUGAGAAACCAUAUGUUUGUAAGAUCCCUGGUUGCACUAAGCGAUACACAGAUCCAAGCUCUUUGCGUAAGCAUGUGAAGACAGUACAUGGCCCCGAAGCCCAUAUCACCAAGAAGCAUCGUGGAGACACAGGCCCACGACCCCUUGGCUCAGCGCUGACCCCUGGAGGCCAAACAUCGGAGCUGCUCCUCGAAAAGGAGGAGACAUGCAGGGAAGACUGCAAAUUGUUGGCGCCUGAGACUACCAUGAAGUCCCAGCCAAGUCCUGGUGCUCAGUCGUCUUGCAGCAGCGAGCGUUCUCCACUGGGGAGCACCAAUAACAAUGACAGUGGUGUGGAAAUGAACCUAAAUGCAGCAGGAAGCUUGGAUGACCUCACAGCUUUAGAGGAUGGAGUUGCAGGUGGAGGAGGCGGCGGAGGAGGGGAGCCAGGAACAAUGGGAAUGUCUGCUCAGGCUCUGAAAAGGCUGGAGAACCUGAAGAUUGACAAGCUAAAGCAAAUUCGAAGGCCGACUCCUCCUGGCCGCUGCGCCAGUAACAAACUUCCUGCCAUUUCUGGUUCAGGGGACAACAUGGGGUUGUGUGCACCUUCUCCACUUAAUCGACGUGUAAUGGAGCUGUCCAACCACGAGCUGGGAGCUGGAAAUAUAGCAAACUCUACUAAUGACAGGAGAGGAAGUGGCACAAGCAGCCUAAGCUCAGCAUACACAGUGAGCCGUCGCUCCUCUAUGGCUUCCCCUUACCUAUCCAGUAGACGCUCCAGUGAUGUCUCACAAAUAGGAGGGACAGCAGGGGGCGGAUGUCACCUUCUGAGUCCAGAACAAGCUGGGGGAGACCCUCUUUCACCUGAAACCUAUCGUAGAGGAGCUCCAUGUCCCGGAGGUGGAGGGUUACCAGGUCUCCCCAACUUAACACCUGCUCAGCACUACAGUCUGAAGGCCAAAUAUGCUGCAGCCACUGGCGGACCUCCACCCACUCCUUUACCUAACAUGGAGCAGCCCGGUACACCAGUAAGAAGGGGGGGUCCUUUGAGUGAGUACCAAGGGCAGCCUUUACCUCCUUUCCUUCAGCAAGGAGGUCCUCGGCGGCACAGUGCCAACACAGAAUACGGUACUGGAGUUAUCUACCCUCACCAGGCUCCAGGUAACAACACCAGGCGGGCCAGUGAUCCGGUACGAUCAGUAGCAGACCCACAAGCUCUACCCAAACGCUUCAACAGCCUCAAUAAUGUGGCCAUGAUGGGCCGCAGAAAUGCACUGCAACUUCGUGGCUCUGACACAGGUCUUUCCCGCCACAUGUACUCCCCACGUCCACCGAGCAUCACAGAAAAUGUAAUGAUGGAAGCUAUGGGUAUGGAGCCCCAUCUCAACACUGUUGAUCCCAGGGAUCGUUCCAUGAUGAUGACCCCUGUAGAGAGAAACUUUAUGAGUUUCCAGCAACAGAAUCCAACAAUGGGAGGUGGAGGUCCACUUUCAAACCAGCUGUCCCCGAGCCAUGACUCUCUGGGCUGCCCGGAUCCCGCUUACAUGCAGCGGCAUUACCAGGGACACGGAGGAGAAGUCAUAUCCAGAGCUAGUGGGAAUCCAUUAGGUCAAGCAAGACCUACACAGCCAGAUGGGAUGUCAAAUACACUUCUCCAACAGGCCGAGUAUGGCAUGAGCACCUGCCAGCUGAGUCCGUCCGGUCCGCAUUACCCAGGCAUAGGUCAAGGCAGUGACAGUGGGGGUCCUUGGAAUGACAACCACAACCAAAUCCAAACUUCAAGCCAUGCAAUUCAGAACCAGCAAUCGGUGCGGUUCUCAGAUUCCAGUCUGCAGCCUCAACAAACACAAGCUCACUUUAACAAUCAGACAGCCCUCUACAACAAUCYUGAUGGCACUCACAAACCUUUCAUCAAGCCCGAGCAACAGUUUCACCCUGGUAUGGGUGGUGGAGAUGCCUGUCAGAGUGCGAAGCUCCAACAGCAACGAAUCCUCCUGCAGCAAACACAGACUUUCCCCCAACAGAGUGGUCAAGUGAUGAUGAGAAACUCUGGCCACCCAAGCUGUGAUUUUCAAGGGCAGAACCCAAGUUCGUAUCCUAGUGGAGGUGGCUUAAGUUUGGGCUGUGCCGGUUCUGCGCUGUCAGAAGGCCAAAGGUCAGAAACCCCAAUGAUGCAGGUGAAGGAAAUGAUGGUGAGGAAUUAUGUGCAGUCUCAGCAAGCACUCAUGUGGGAGCAGCAACAAGAGCAAGAGCAGCAGAGUGGAAUAAAGCCACCUUCUCUUUCUGACAACAUGGGUUUGAAUGCUCAAGCAGCAAUGAUGCAACACAGCCCAGAGCACCAGAAUCAGAACCUAUAUCCCAACCAGAUGUAUCCCUCUUACCCAGAACGUAACCUGGUCAUGAGUCCUGCUGCCCACAGCCGAGGGCCCACCGCAGUUGCACCUAAAGAUCAGCACCUGACAGGUCUCCAGGGCACAUGCUACAAUCAGGAAAUGGUUGUGCCUAGGCCACCUCAGGGACGCAAGCCUCUCAGCCGCCAGAACAGUUUGCCACAGGUAGGAGGGGGUUACCUUGGCGGCUCCCCCCACCUGAGCCCUGUGCACUCCACUUCCAGCCCCAGACGAGGGGUGCGCCUUCCACCUGUCCAGCAUCCACAGCACCCUCAAAAUGAAAUGUUUUCUCCCUCCAACAACAACAACAACAACAUGUACUACACAGGUCAGAUUAAUAUGAAUAUGGAAAAACACAGGGACCCCCAGAAUGGACCUUGCCUUAACCAGCCGACCAAUAUGGGACCGCCAAACUUGGACCCAGCAGGUGACACCAAAUCUUCCCCUAUGGCUCCCUAUCCGGAAUCUAGUCCCAUCUCGAAUGCCUUAGAAAACCUGGACUUGGAGAAUGCUCGCAUUGACUUUACUUCCAUCAUCGAUGAAGCUGAUUCUUCCUCAUUUAGUCCAGUCAACAAUCCUCUCCAAGGUCUUCCAGGAUCAUCCUCCCAGGCUUCUUCCCGCCUCACCACCCCACAAACGUCCGUCAGCCUGGCUCCGGGCACUGGCCUGUCCAACAUGGCUGUGGGUGACAUGACAUCCAUGCUUACCUCACUGGCUGGGGAAAAUAAGUACCUGAACACUCUGUCUUAGGGGACAAUAGGGCAUCUUAGCAUGCGUUAGCUAUGGACAAGCAAUAAACACUCGCCUUGGCCUUGUUUUUGUUUUUCAAAAUCAGAUUCUGUCACUUUGAGGGAUUUUGACUGAAGGCUUAGCCAGACCAGAAAGACUGUAAAGUGGAACUGUUCAUAAAAUGGAUCAAUAGUACUAAAACCAGCAAUAGCUUAUUGGGGACUCAUAUAAAAAGAUUUGAUAAUGUAGUCUAAUAGGUUUUGGGUGCAAGUUGAGGCAAAGCUACUAAUACAGUCUAAUCACUUUUAAAAAAUAUGCAAACCACCAUCAAAAACCUUAAAACCAAAAGUGCCGGCUUUUCCCCAUUUAUAAUUUUUCCCCUGCUGCCUUGGUACAUUUUUUUCUGUGCCUUAGUGUAAGACAGAACUAUUUUUUAAUUUGAACAUAGGAUGCCGAACAGUUUUUAUCAAUCGAAGAGGGCUUUGGCAACAAUGGAGCAAAGAAGGAUUUAUGUGAAUAUGUUUUAUAAAUAUAUAUAUAUAUAUAUACAUAUAUAUAUAUAUAAACAAAAUGUGUAUACGACAAUGAGACAUUGAAAGGUUGUCUUUUGAUAGUUUGCUUGAUAGUUUGCUUGAAGCUCAAUGUUCAGGGGUUAGUAUUUUUUGUUUGUUUGAAGAGACAAGAAAGCUAUGCUUUUAGUGAUUGAGAAAUGUUUCUCUGGCCUUGUAAAUCUUCUGUGUUACUCUUGAUUUCCUCCUUUUCAGUAUCAACACAAUCUAUACCAGCAACAUAUCAGUAUUCCUACAUAUGCACCAUUGCAGAGCAGUCACAUGCAUUGUAACCCUACACCUAUCCCUACACACUGACACUCAGGACUUGUUUUGAAUCUUUAGUGUGCACACUACAUGUACGUUUGACUUGCCUUUCCAGACAGAGUUUGCACUCCACUUGUUUACUUUAAGUGUUUCUAAAGCAGCUACUUUUUUUAUCAGGUGUCUUUAUAACAGAAUGUGCCUACCACUUCUGAGGUACAGAAUGUGAGAAAAGCUCAAUUAUAGUACAUUUAUGUUUACUGGCGUCCUUAUUGACGGUGUGAUAAAAGCUUUAAAAUUAGUUCAUCUUUUAUUGCAGUGUCAUAAUCUCACAUUGAAAUGUCAAAAAUGAAUUUGAGUACAUUUAUACCGGCUUUAGUUUUUUAAAAUUAUUAUUUUAAAUAAAUACAAUGAAACUGAUCAGCAACUUUCUCAUUAUUGCAUAAAUGCAAUGAAUGGGAAAAGCAAAUAGUAAAAUACAAGAGACAUUGACAAAAAAAUGACGUUAAACUGUGUUGCUCUUUAAAUCAACAUUAAUACGGCACAGAUUAAAUUGAUUUCUCUGGACUAGAUAUAGGUGUAUUACCCAUUCCUUAUGGAUAAAAACUUAAGACAAGGUUAAAAAUGGACUAUUGAUUGAAAUACCAAAAUAAUCUGGCAUUUCAAUCAGUUCAGGAUGUCUUGUACAGACUAAUUACUGAAUAAAACUUCCUGGCCUCCCAAGUCAACUUUUAAUACAAAAUAUACACCAAAUGAGAUUUGAUUUAUUUUAAAGCACGUAAAUAACGUCUUUUUUCAGGAUGACAUUUUGCUACUGCAAUAAAAGGUGCAUAUAUUUUGGAACUUUUAACACAUCUUUUUCAGUGUUUCCAGUAAAUGUCGCCAGCAUUAACAGUGAUUUAUAUAUGGCAGCAUGUAUGUUUUAACAGACUGCAUUUUCUGUACAAUAAUCUAACCACCAGCUCACACAGGACAGCUGAGGGUGAUAGUAACUGAGGAUAUUGAGUUAAUGUGUAAUCGUUUCCUAUAUUUUAGAAACUGAGGUACAUUCAUAGGACAACCUACUGCACUUUGGCUCUAAUCCCAAAGAGUUACAUUCUGCAUAACUAAUUCACAAAAAGGCUAAUCCUGCUACCACUGUAGUAAAGUGUUUAUCAGGUACAGAGAGGUACUUUAACAGCUGAGCUGUAUCCCAGGAAGAAAGCAGCAGCUCGCUUUAGUAAAGUGGUUUUGCACUGAUUACAGCACUGUUUGGAAAAUAUCCCUGUGCCUUUCAGUGACUCACGCCAACCUCAGUUACAUGACUAUACAGACUUCAUACAGUAUUUGAUUAGGUCAAAGAUCAGAGCCUUUUAAGCUUCCUGAGGCCACACUAAAGUAUUUCAUAAAGCAUGAAUAUUCAGCAGAUCACAGUAUUGUCACCUCAGCGUUAGCACCAAUUAAUAUUUCCUCAGUUUGGAAUAAGUGCACAUUGUACCAAAGAUUCAAGGUAACAGAGGAAAAGAUGCACAAAUAGAGUAUUAAAGCUCAACACUAACACUACCCCAAAGUACAUGGACAUUAAUUGUUAGUGACAUCAUGUAGAAUGUAUAUGUUUUGUACAAAAUCUUUUUUAUAUUAAUGAACCUUAUGAUUGUUGCCCUCCUUGUGUGCGUGUGUGUGUGUGUGAGAUUUUUUUUUUCUUUUUUGUAACUGUCAUUCUUCAUUCUGACUUAUUUUGCUGGCAAAAGAUUAUCACUUUUAGCAAAACAAAGCUAUUUUAGUAGCAAAAACUAAUAGAAUAAAGUGAAGUGUUUUAUUUUCUGUACAAUUUUCUACAUUUUUAUACAUAUGUGCUAUAUUUUACCAGUUCAUAAAUAAACCUGCAGUUUGAUAUGGG